AUGACCACACUGCCCCACUGGAACCGCCUGAUCCAGCUCGCCGCCGCGUCCGGGGCAUACACCCAGUGCCUGGGGCACUACGCGGCCCUCCUCGCCGCGGGUCUCCGCGGCGGCGACGCAUCCACCUUCCCUUCCCUCGCCAAGUCCUGCGCGGCGCUCCGCCUGCCCCGCCUCGGCCGCUCCCUCCACGCGCACGCCCUGCUCGCCGGCGCCGCCUCCGACGUCUUCGUCCGCACCUCGCUCCUCGACAUGUACGCCAAGUGCGCGUGCCUCCCCGACGCGCGGCGCCUGUUCGACGAGAUGCCGGGCCGGACCCUGGUGUCCUGGAACUGCAUGGUCACCGCGUAUAGCAAGAGCUCUCGUGUCGAGGAGGCCGUCGCGAUGUUCAACGCGAUGCGGGGCCUUGGUGUGAGGCCCAGUGCGGGCACGCUUGUCGGUCUGAUGUCUGGUUCUGUGAACUCCAUGGCCACGAAAAAUCUCGCCUUGUGCUUGUACGGGUAUAGCCUGAAAUCCGGGCUUGACGCCGAUUUGCCGGUGUUAAACUCAGUGCUCACCAUGCUUGUCCGUGGUGGGCAGCUGCACGCUGCGCGGUUGGUUUUUGACUCUAUGCGUGAGAAGUCUGUAGUUUCUUGGAGUGCAAUGGCAUCAGGGUUUUUGCAGGCUGGCAACUAUUUAGAAGUGUUUGGUCUAUUCAAUCGCAUGCAGGGUGCUGGGCACAAGUUUGAUUCGGUGGCACUUGUUAACCUGAUCUCAGCCGCUGUUCUGUUAGGGAACCUGUUGGUGGCCAAGGGUAUGCAUGCUCUUCUGGUAAAGAGUGGUUUUGAAUCUGACCGAGAUCUCGUGUCAUCACUGGUUAACUUGUAUGCCAGGUGUGGGGAUCUUGAGGCUGCUCAAGAGGUCUUUGAUGCAGUUCACAUGAAGGAUGUAGUGCUGUGGACUUCAAUGAUAACUGGAUAUGUUGAAGGUGGCUAUCCAGACAAGGCACUGACGAUGUUUGAUAGCAUGUUGCGCACAGAUGUAGAGCCCAAUGAGGCAACAGUUUCGUCAGCUCUUUCAGCUUGUGCCAAUCUGGGGUCUGCUAAUCAGGCAAAAAUGGUUGAGGAUCAUGUGGUAGCACUCGGACUGCAGUCAGAUCUGCGAGUUGCUACCGCACUGAUCGACACAUACUGCAAGUGCGGGAGUGUUGAGCUGGCUAGGAAAAUAUUUGAUGGUGUUAACAUUACCAGUAGGGACUUAGCAAUCUGGAGUGCCAUGAUCAAUGGAUAUGCCUGCAAUGGUGAAGGCAGUGAAGCUCUCUUCCUUUUCAGUGAGAUGCAAAAGGAAGGUGUUCAGCCAGAUGCCAUUGUCUUUACUCAUGUAUUAACAGCAUGCAAUUAUUCUGGUCUAGUAGACGAAGGCCUUCGGUGCUUUCACAGUUUGACAGCAAAAUAUUGCAUCGAGCCAUCUGUUGAGCACUAUAUGUGCAUAAUUGAUUUGCUAUGUAAAUCUGGUCAUAUUAGUAUCGCUAAGGAGUUCUUUAAGAAGAUGCCUAUUAAAUUACAGAAUCUUGUUUUGGCUCCUAUUGUUAGUGCAUCCAGUUCCCACUGUGCUGAUUCUUCGAUGGAUUUGGUAUCAGAGGAACUACUUAACCUAGACCCUCAAAAUUCUGGUCACUGCAUCCUGAUUUCUAAUAUGCUAAGUUGUUUGGGGGAGUGGAAGAAGGCCAGGACUUAUAGGAAGCUAUUAAGCAAGCAAGCAUUAGUCAAGGAACCUGGACUGAGCUGUAUUGAACUGAGUGGCUAACUAUGCUGCAAACACUUGAUCCAAAUACUUUCCAAUCCUAGUGGGUGUCAUUUUUUCUCCCAAUGUGAACAGUUGGCACUCUCAGAACAGGUUUUUUUUGUCAUGGACAAUAAUAUUGUUUUAUGAUGUUCAUUCUGUAUUCUGGAGACUAUACUCUUGCAGCCAAUGUGAUUAAAUAUGAUGUCAAAUGUUCAGGAUAAUAUCAGAUCUUGUGUCAGGCUACCCUCUUAAAGAUCAUACGAGCAUGGUCAACCUUUUCUUGCCUAAUAAGACUUACUGAAAAGUAUCUUGAUGUGCAUUCAUUGAUUUCAAUAUACCUAUCGAAGUUGAGGUGUGAAGAUUCUCCCCAGUUUCCACUGUUUGAAUGUUUGUUUUAAUAAGCGUAUUUCUGUCUCAUUGAGCUACGGACCUUGCGGGGAAGCCAUAUGCUUGACCACCUCAAACAAAAAUACUUCAUAACUUGUUUGCUGCCAGCUGCUGAGAAGCUAGU